AUGGCGGUUGAAAAGACCAGGGAGGCUCGCCAGGAAGAUGCUUCGUUGGUGACACCGCCAACCAAAGUGAUCAAGAAGAGUGACAGCGCUGAUGGCUCACGGACAAAGCUGUCCAAAGAGGUGCAAAGCAAAGAAUUGCUGGAGCCUGUGCUGCCUGAGCCAAGGGAAGCAAGUACUUCGAAGCAAACGGCAGUGAAAGCCAAGGCAGCUCCGAAGCGUCCAGCAAAACAAGAGCAGAGUCCGGCAUCCGCACAAACAGCAGCAGCUGUGCAUCAAUGUCUCAGGAGACCUUCGACCAAGGAACUUGAUGCAGCAGCUACAACCCCUCCAGGUGGUAAGAGUGAGACUCCGACUUCGGGGAUGAAGACUAGGAAGCCCAAGUCAAAGGAUGAUGGUGAUGGAGUGAAGACUGGGAAGCCCAAGUCCAAGGAUGAUGAUGGAGUGAUGACUGGGAAGCCCAAGUCAAAGGAUGAUGGUGAUGGAGUGAAGACUGGGAAGCCCAAGUCGACAGAUGAUGAUCAUGAAGACUCCAUGAGUGACGGUGAUAGCGACAGCGUGGAUUCGGAGGAGGUCCUCUACGAGCAAUGGGCCAGCUGCAGUGGUCAAUGGUCGCAAAGCGAUUUUUACUUACAGGCCCGCCAAAAGCGCCGCUUCCGGACCCAUGGGUCACGACGGUGGAUGACGAAGCUUGAGCUCCAAUGCAAAUUUGGAGCUCAGGCCGCAGAAGACAUCAUAGCAGCGAAGACCCUGGACCCUGAGGAGACCCGACAAUACCUCACCUGGGACAAGGAAUGUGAAGAAACCACCGUGGACGAGGUUACCUCCAAGAUUUUCCAAGCUGUCGACCGUGAUGAUGGCGAUGAGAGCAGAGGCAGGUCGAGGGAUCGCAAAGGGAAGAAGUCAAAGAAAGAUCACAAAGAUCGCAAGUCAAAGAAGAAGAAGCAGAAGAAGCGUUCAUCCAGCUCAAUCAGCUCAAGCAGAUCAUCCUCUGACAGCUCGAAGUCUAGUUCCUCAUCAUCUCAGAAGAAGAAGUCAAAAGACAACAAAAGGAAGAAAGAGAAGAAGGAUAAGAAGGAUAAAAAGGGGAAGAAGGAGAAGGAAGAAGGGAAGAAGGAGAAGGAAGAAGAGAAAAAGGAGGAAACGGAGGAACAAAAGAAAAAGCGCUUGGCCAAGGAAGAAGCUGAACAAAAGAAGCAAGAAGAAAAGAGGAAGGAGGAGGAGAGAAAGGCAGCGGAGAAGGUAAAGAAUGAUGCCUUCAAGAAGGAGUUAAAAAAGGGAACUCAGGCGCUCUCAAAGAUCUCUGCAGCGAUCGCGAAGUCCACAAGCCUUGAUGACAAACUUCGCAAUAUGAGUGCUUCUGUGGUGACCGCCAUCCUGGAAGAGGUCAAACCCCAUGCAUGUGCCUUGAAGAAAGCUCGUUCCAAGUUGCAAAAAAGUGUGGAUGAUGCCAAGGUGGACAAUCUCGGAACGUUGCAGAUUGAUGUGGACGUGGCUGAUGCAAAGGUCUCUGGCUUCACCCAGUCUGGCCUGGACACCGGCGGUCAGAAUGAGAAAAAGAACGCAUGCAAUCGACAUCAGUCUGGCUGA